UGUAAAUUAGCUUUUGAGGCCUUCUUUAUCAUAUUUGGCACCGAAAGGAAUUCUCUAAUUCAUUGUGGUACUCUGUUAGAACAGAGGAGACCAUAGUGUAGGAUAUGUAGGAAGUUCAAGCUAGGGUGGAAGCCAAAUGGUGCUACUGCAACUCAAUCCUUCGCAAGGCUAUAUGUUGUAUAGGGGUGUUUCCUCACUGUAAUUAUUAAGCCUUCUGAUCAGUAGGAUGUGACAGUGAUUUUGGUUGUUGUUUCAGAUAGUUUAUUGCGGGUUGAUUUUUGUUGGUUUGGUUAGAUGUGUGCUUGUUGUACUGUGUUCCUUUGUUAAUAAAAAAUUUGUCCAUCCAAAAAAAGGUAUCAUUUCUUUCUUACAUGAUUGCUUGGCUGCUGCUUGGACUUAUAUGAAAGAACUUGUUAAUAUUACUAAUUAGAUUUUAAUUUGGAGUUAAAAAUUCAUCUUACACAGAACCUUCCGCCAUAAUACUUGUUCUUGUGGCAAAGACGAUGUACCUGUACACGGACUAUCUGAGGUGAUUGUUGGUGUUUUGGGAGGAGGGCAACUGGGUCAUAUGCUAUGUCAAGCAGCUUCGCAAAUGGCUAUUAAAGUAAUGGUUUUGGAUCCGCUUGAGAACUGCCCCGCAAGUGCACUUUCAUAUCAUCAUAUGCUCUGAAGCUUUGAUGAUAGUGCUACAGUUCGUGAAUUUGCGAAAAAAGAUAGAUGGGAUGUAUUGACUGUAGAAAUUGAGCAUGUUGAUGUUGCAACCAUGGAGAUGCUUGAGCAACAAGGAGUGGAAUGCCAACCCAGAGCCUCAACUAUUUGAAUAAUUCAGAUUCUUCUAAAUGAAGUGGUUCAUAGGCCCCAUAAUAGUGGUCAUCACACAAUUGAGUCUUGCUACACCUCACAAUUUGAACAACAUUUGCGGGCUGUUGUUGGUCUUCCACUUGGUGAGCCAUCAAUGAAAGCUCCUGCUGCUGUCAUGUACAAUAUACUGGGUGAAGAUGAGGUGAAGAAUUUCUUUUUAUUUUUUUAUUUAUCUAAAAUAUAAAAUGAAUUUGUUACCUGUAUUUUUCUGUUUAAGCCAUGUGGCUUGUUUUGUUUGAGAGAGAGAGAGAGAGAUGAUGGCAUGAAGCUGAAGUCAUUUGUUUCUUUCAGAACAUAUUUCUGUAACAUACUUUCACUGAAUAUAAUCUGCUUGAAGUUUGUUGAAGUUGCAACUAGAAUUAGGUAUAAGUCUGUGCUUGAGCUUGAUGACUUUGUGUACCAUUAUGAAUAACAAAAUUUUAAGAAAUUACAAUUAAUACAAAUCAAACGUUCCAUCUGUCCUGGUCCUCAUUAACUGGUUUUCAGUUCUGAAAUUAUUUUAUCUUGGAAAACUUGUUAAUGUUAGUAAAAAAAGUAAAUUGGAACAUCGAUAUAUACAAUAUGUUUGAAAUGUAUUUAUUCAGCAUAACUAUCUUUCACUACCCCCUCCCCCCACAUGUCAACUGUCUCUCUCUUGUAUCUAUUUAUUUAUUAAAUUUCAGGGGUGAGCCUGGUUUAUUUUAGGGCAUUGAGUAUUCCUGGGGCUACUGUUCAUUGGUAUGACAAGCCAGAAAUGUGAAAGCAGAGAAAGAUGGGCCAUGUCACAAUUGUUGGGCCUUCCAUGGGUGAUGUGGAAGAACGAUUAAAAUCAAUUCUGAGGGAAGAAGGUUCUGAUUGUCAGUCUGCACUCUGCAGUAACACCACGUGUUGGGAUCAUUAUGGGUUCUGAUUCAGAUCUUCCUGUUAUGAAGGAUGCUGCAAGGAUUUUGAAUAUGUUUGGUGAGCGUUAUGAGGUGAAAAUAGUUUCAGCUCACCGGACCCCUGAAAUGAUGUUUUCUUAUGCCUCAUCUGCCCUGGAGAGAGGCAUUCAGAUUAUCAUUGCUGGCGCUGGAGUUGCAGCCCACUUGCCAGGUAUGGUAGCCGCACUCACUCCCUUGCCUGUUAUUGAUGUCCCCGUGCGUGCUUCUGCAUUGGAUGGACUUGAUUCACUCCUGUCCAUUGUGCAGAUGCCAAGGGGUGUUCCAGUUGCAACAGUUGCAAUAAACAAUGCUACCAAUGCAGGUUUGCUCACAGUAAGGAUGAUGGGGAUUCGCAAUGCUGACCUAUUGGCAAGAAUGAGCCAGUAUCAAGAAGACACAAGAAAUGAUGUCUUGAGAAAAGCAGAGAAGCUGGAAAAGGAUGGUUGGGAGUCUUAUUUGAAUCCAUAAGUACUUAACUGCUUUGCCAGCCAUAUGCAUGAUUUUUGUGAGUUUAACACACUAUGGAAGUUCAAGUUUGGAGAACACAUUACCACAGCUAAACUUGGAAUUAACUAAAGGAUAUGUCCAAUUAAGGCAUCAAGCGGAUCAAUUUAUGUAGGAUGAAUGCAAAAAUGUGUCAACAGAAAAAGUUAAAGUGAAGAUGGUACUGGCAAUUUUGCUUCAGUUUUGAGAGAUCAAGAAGGAAAGGAAGUAUAGAAAACAGAGGUGGCGUUUGUGGGAAUAGGAAGAAGCCUUGUAUCCAUUGUAGUUUCUAUAAGAGGGACACUGUAGCAGUUAAGUUGAAUGAGUCAAAAGAACUUUUUAUCCCUUUAGUUGCAUAAGGAUGUUCUUUUGACCUUAAUAUUUAGAUGGUAAUCAAUAAUUUAUUACAGCAUUGAGUUCUUGUACAUUUACGAUGAACAAUUUUUCUAACUGGUCCCAAGCAAUUGUUCUGCCAUUGAAGGUCAGCGAGCUGCUCGAUUCAAAUCUAUGAUAUCUAUUGGUAGGCUUAAGCU